CCUGUGUACGCAACCCACUACGGCUUCAAUACAUGCUUUCUCGAAUGAUCUGGCGGUAGCUCCGACUGUUCCAUUAUGGCUUCCCCACGGCUACCAUUUCUGUAUCCGCAUUUGAUGCGCGCGAUUAGAACAUGCGAACCGUCCACCUACCGCACCAUUCGGAGUCCGUCACAUAGUCGUGCGUUUCACGCCAGUCGAUAUCGCGCUCAGGAAGCAUAUCACCGGCGGUAUGGGCCCGCCGCCGAGGCCAACUUGCCUCCUCCGUCAAAACCCAAGGAAGAGUUGUCCAAAGAGCAAGAGUCGAAAACGCCAGCGGCGAAGGACGGCAACCACCAACUUGAGCAAUCGCGGUCACAAGAUGGUACCAAGCGAGACGUUCUGGACGGUUCACAUGAGAAGGAUAACGACCCAAAGACAGCACAACCUCGCGAGAGCCAGUCUUCGAAUGAGUCGCACCCACAGGAGGAGUCCGAGCCCGACCUUGACGCCCCGGAUAUCCAUGCUGUCUCCCCAGUUCCCACCGAACAUCCGAGCCAAGAUGGGCACAAACCUAAUUCCCUUAACGAUAACCCACUCGACGGUGUUCUCCAUAUGCCAUCUCCUUCGUCGCCCUUAACCCCUACGGAAACAUCAUCUUCCGCUAAUAAACCGCACCUGACUCCUGCCCCAUAUGUCCAUCACUUCGAUACCUACUCCCUCGUCUGCGACUUAUCAAAAGGCGGCUUUACGGACGCGCAAUCCAUCACCAUCAUGAAAGCUAUACGAACUAUUUUGCACAGCAAUUUGGACAUUGCCAGACAAAGCCUGACUUCUAAAUCCGAUGUCGAGAACGAGACCUAUCUGUUCAAAGCGGCCUGUUCGGAACUCCAGUCUUCCCUCCAGACAGCUCGAAAUUCCGAAAUGCAGAGGCAGCGUGCGUCCAGAGCACAAUUAGAGCACGAGGCGGAUAUUCUCUCCCAGCGCCUGAACCAGGAACUUGCAGGCUUGAAAGACGACAUCAAAGGAAUGUUCAACGACCACAAGAUGACGACUCGAGAACAGCAACGGAGCAUUGAUACAUCGGUUCAGGAACUCAAUUAUAAAAUUACUGUCUCCUUGAACAGCGACGGCAAGAGUGAGAUUGAAGGUCUCCGAUGGAUCCUGACCAGGAGGGCCGCCAUGGCUGUUGCUACAAGUGCCUUCAUGAUCAUUAUUUUCCUCAAGUACUACUCCGUGCGCAAAGCGCAGGAAGCCGCUGAGAAGAAGAAAGAGACCCCGCCAAAGAGACCACCGAGAAGAGAGUUGCUCAAGAAGCCGCCCCACCGCCGACGCUACCUGCUGUCCCGGAGAUCAUUAUCAGCGAGUCUCUUGGCUGAUGACAAUACAAGCGUUGCUCUACUGCGCUCUGGUCGCUCCUUGACUUAUUGCUCUACUGAUGUUUGUGGUUUUUUUCAUUCACCCCUUCAUACUAGACUUUCCUUCGCUGUAUUUUCUCUUUCUUUGUGCUUGACGCCUGGUCGUUGGUCCUUGCGCGGACUCGUUACAGCACCACUUCGAUACCCUGGGGAUAUUAUAGAGGCUUGAGCGGAUAGACGGACGGAUACCGAGUCAUUAUUCGUUUCUUGUAUUGAUCAUUGUAACUGUACUUAUCUAUCAUUCUAUAUAUAAACAAGACUCACGGUCAAGUGAGCCGAGCGUUCACUGUC